AUGCGUGAUCACGUGUCGAGUCGCGUACUUGGGUUGAUGGCUGGAUAUUACCAGCAACCAUACCCUCAAUUCUAUCAACCGCAGAAUAUAUACCAACAGUUGGGGCAGCCACAACCUCAGCCUCAUCUGCAGGCCCAUCCAACUUAUGUGACCCAACCGCAGCAGCAGCAACAAGUUCCUCAAGCUCCUGGCUACUCGUAUCCUCAGCAACCCACAUACCCACAACCUUCCCCUACCCCUACCAUCCGUCGUGUACCAUCCUAUGUACCACCGUACAACCAAUAUCAACUGCCCGCUCAGCCACCACAGCAGCAGCCUCCACCAUCUCAGGUCUUUGCUCCUGCUCAACCCGUUUAUUCAUCAUAUUCCCAACCUCAUGUUCCUCAAAUUCCCCAAUCGUCCAUUGCCGUUACACGAAACGGGAACUUUACCCAGAUCCCCCGUCCACCUAUCGCCCCUUCUGCGAAUCUUGCUCAGCAGGCCCAGGCUGCCCAAGCUCAAGUUCAAGCACAACAGCCACAACCUCCUCCCAGCCGUCGCCCCCUUCCGAAACCUUCCCCAACUGCAAGAACACCAGCUCUGCCCCCCUCCAAUCUAAAUACACGCCCGCGAGCGACGACAGAAUCUGGGCCAGCCAGACCGUUUCCUCAGCCAAUUGCCACAUCACUCUCAUCUCAGUCAACCACAUCUGUACCAUCACCAACACGUAGUCGCCCGUUGCCCACACCCACAGUUGCAAAUAAGCGGUCAACUGUUGAUCUAGGGAAGCCUACCAAUUUUGCCCCAAUUCCCGUGGUCCAGUCCUCAUCGUCUAAUUUCACCUCAUCGUCAUCUACACUAAGACGAACACCAAGCCCUGUGAAAGCUCCUUUGCCUGCUCCCACCAACGAUGCAACGCCAACUCGUCUUUCACGCACGACGAGCUUCGCAACUAUGAAUGCAACUGAUACCACCACCAAGAGGCGCACAAGCCCUCCUACUUUCCGGUCCCAGCCUCCCUCGGCCUCGAGCAGCCCAACAAAGGCGAAUCCCCCAUCCAUGAAAUGGACUUCUUCCAACUCUACAAAUCCCAAUAGCAGGCCCGCAGCAACUCCUGCCUCGACCUCUGCUGAAUCAAGUUCACCUCCAAAGAAGUUUACUCCAAUCUGGAAACGCACUAUUCCAGACUAUCCGGCGCCUGUAUUUGGGUAUGCUGCUGGUAUGGUAUCAGAGCCUCAUCCGAAACCGGCUCAGCCAGCUGCUCAGGAUACGCCGACUAAGGCUAACCCUCAAGGGAAAGGGAAGUCCCCCGAGAAGGGCAAGGAAGUAAAGUCCUUGUUGCCAUAUCUUCAAGACUCUCCUGGUCAAAGUCAACCACCACCACAGCAGUUUAAUUAUCGCCAACCUGCGGUUCCCCAACCACCACCACCACCUCAGCAACAGCGUAUGUCUGGGUGGCAUGGCAGAGCUCCAGCAACUGCGCAGCAGGAGGAGACCACAGAGGAUGACGAUUCUGAUGACAGCGAUUCUGACGAAGAUGAUGAUGACGACGAUGACGAAGAAGAAACGGACGUAGAGUCAGCUUACCAUUACGAAGGCUCAGACUACAAUAGUGAAGAUCACUCUGAACGGGGAAGCAGAGCUCGAGAUCCUCCCCGUAAGGGACGCUUGCGCACCGAGCCUCGUAAAGAACCAAGCAGAAAGAAGGGCACUGCAAAAGUUACAAAGCCAAAGAAGAAGAAACGGCCUGCUCCAGAAGACAAGCGAUCAGUGCGGGCUUUGCAGGAUCGGCAGUGGGAGCGAGAGCAGCAGAGGUCGUAUGGAGAAUACGACCGGAGAAGAGAGCCGCCUUCAGAUCGGGAUCAACGAAGGUAUACAUAUACUGAAGAUCGAGAGGAGGUCCGUCGACCAGCCUAUCGGCAUGAACGUUCUUAUUCCGAGAGGGAUAGAAAAUUGGAAUACGACGACGAGCUGGACGCACCCAGAAGACGAUCUCCCACGAAAGGUUCACCGUCACGAGAUCUGGACUGGCCACAAGACAGACGGAGGGACGGACCUAGCCCUCAGUGGGGUAUUCGCAAUAUGCCACAGCGUCGAUCAGGGCCUGGCAGGCGUUACAGUGACGAAGCGGAUGAAGAGGAGUAUGAUGAUGAGGAGGAUGAUCAUUACCGUCGAGGAGAACAGAGGCGUGCAAAAGAGUUUCGCGAGCGAGGGUGGAAUGACGAUCCCAGUCCCAGACACGGUCGUGGAACUGGUCUUCCUCAACCCCCACCUAUGGUGCGUGAUGUUGGUGGAAGAGAGGGUGAUGCCAUCCGGAGGAAGGUGAAGAAAGUUCCCCUUAGAGAUGUCGAUGACGAGGAUGAACGAAACAUGGCUUUGCGGUUCGCUUCAUUUAAGGUUAGCAACGGAGAUCGAUCCCCAAAUUCUAGUAAUGGGGGUGGUGGGAACUGGCCUACCAACCUUCCAAGACUUCCACGUACACCUGGGGGAGGCACUCCUAGUGCUGGUUCUGCUAACAAUGGUGGAGAAGGAGGCUAUUUCGACCCUCGACCUAAUGGGUCUGCAGCAGCAUCAAGCUCUGGUUCUGCCUUUCGUGGACGUACCGUCAUUCAUCCCCGGGAAAACCUGAGGAAUAUCGACUUGGAUGAUUCACCUCCUCGCCCGUCUUCCACUAUCCUUCGCUCUCCCUCGCCUGCUGCAUCUGCAUCUUCUUCUGCGUUCAGCCAGAGAAGGGCAUUGCCACAGCCACAAGGGCAACCGUACGACGGUCCUCUGAGCAGUGCGGGUGAGCAGCUCCAGCGGAGACGGUCCUUGUAUUCCAUGCCCUCCAAACAACAGCAACAAUCAGAGCCAUCAGCGAGGGAGCGAAGGCCGCAAAGCCAGAUGUAUGCGUCUUCUUCUAACGUCGAUCACGCCUAUAGCGAACAAUCACAACAGCGACAUGAUACCCAACCGUCUUUCAACAUACAAUCAAAGCCACUACAAAUUUUCGGUCCACAUCCUACUAGGAUUCAACCGCAGACGCCGGCUCCUCCACGUUCAGUCAACAUCGAGUCUCCUGCUCCCAUUGGUGGUAGGGAAAGAAUGGCGGAUAUACCAAGGAUCGAACAGGGUGGAGAGGAUCAUCAUGGAAAACGGCAUGAUGGGUUACCCACCAUCAAUGUCGAUUCACUACCCAGGAUUUCUACGGCUCCCCCGUCUAUACCCAUGAUCAACAUUGAUUCUGGGCCACCUAGUGGAAGCAACAUCUCGGGUCCACAGAUCAACGUCGAGCCGGCGGAGUCGCGGCGCAAAGAAGCUCCUCCGAGGGUGCAGGUAUACGAGGUUCCUGGCGUCAGCGUUUCUGGGCCUGAAUACGAUGAUGGUCCGAACAUCAAGGUGUCUGGGCCGAAUGAUGAUGGGCCGCGGUUCAGAGGUCAACAACAACAGCAACAGCGGCCACAGUCCCAGUUUGGAGUUGGAGGAACGCCCAGUCGCCGGGGAGGCUUGAUAUGUGGCGGUUGCAAUGGUUCUAUUAUCGGCCGUAUCGUAAGCGCGAUGGGCUCCCGCUGGCAUCCGCAAUGCUUCAGGUGCACGGUAUGUGAGGAACUUUUGGAGCAUGUGAGCUCGUAUGAGCAUGACGGUCGUCCGUAUUGUCACCUUGAUUACCACGAGUGUUAUUCGUGCAAGACGGCGAUCAUUGAAGAACAGUUUAUAAGUCUGGACGACCCAGCGUUGGGUAAACGGACGUAUCACACUCAACAUUUCUUUUGCGCGGAGUGUGGAGAUCCAUUUUUGUCCCCUUCGAUUUCUGCCGACAACAAGGGCGAACUUGCAUUGAGUGGUGACGGUGACUUUGAAGGGUUCACCGUUUUCCGAGGCCAUCCAUACUGCGAGCCUUGUCAUGUCCGUCUUCGACUGCCAAAGUGUAAACGGUGCAAGAGGUCCAUUCGGGAUAAUGACCAAGCUGUUGAAGCGCUUGGAGGCAAAUGGUGUUGGAGCUGUUUCGUUUGCGAUAGCUGCUCAAAGCCCUUUGAAGACCCGUCUUUCUUCCAGAGAGACGAUCGGCCGUACUAUAAUCUUGGUGUAGACUUUUGA